AUGGCUCCAAUUGACACAAGCAAGAAACCAAUAGUGUGGGUUUUGGGCGGUCCAGGGUCUGGCAAGGGAACACAAUGCGAGAAGAUUAUCGCCAAGUAUGGCUUCACCCAUCUUUCCACUGGAGAUCUGCUGAGGGCAGAGGUCAAGACUGGUUCAGAUAGAGCGAAGUGUCUCACUGCCAUUAUGGAAAGGGGUGAGUUAGUCCCCAACGACGUCGUGCUAGAUCUAUUGAAGGAGGCCAUAAUAGCCCGAGCUGAAGAGUCCAAGGGCUUCCUUAUCGACGGCUACCCUCGCGAGAAGUCUCAGGGCAUCGCCUUCGAGAAAGCCAUCGCACCAGUUACUGUGAUAAUCUACUUCGAAGCGUCAACGGAGACGCUGACCAAGCGGCUUCUGGGACGCGCUGCAAGUUCAGGCAGAGCUGAUGAUAACGAGGACACCAUCAAGCUACGGCUCAAGACCUUCCUCGAGAACAACGAUCUAGUGCUCGCCCAGUACCCGGAUAAGAUUAAGAGGAUAAACGCCGAGGACAACGUAGAUUCGAUCUUUGCUCAAGUGCAGCAGAUUCUGGACCCGCUGGUCACUGCCUAA